UUAAGCACCAGCGCGACACAGAGCAGGCAUUCAUAGAAAGGCAGCGCGAGCGAGGGGGCUAGGGAGUGAGCGCGAGCGUCACUUUGGAAACUCGGGAACACACGGACUCUCGUGCUAAGCGGGCGACCUCAUUUUUCAUUACUGAAUAUUUAGCUAAAGGACUAAAGGACUACAAUUUCAAAGACUGCAAGGGAGAGGACACUGUUCUACUGGAGCAAGAGGUGGGAAUCAACAGGUAAACUGGGAUCCACAAUACGCGCUCAGCGUAAGAUACCAGCAACACGGAUGGAAAGAACUUUGAUGAGGAAUCCAAACAGAAUUUUAGAACGUAGACUGAGAGUUGAGACUGACUGGGAGUUUAUAUAAAGGAGACCUCGAGUGACAGAAGCAAUCCUUUCGUUUUAAACAGGCAUAGUUUAUAUUCCUGAAAAAGGGUGAACUUCUUCAUUAGUUCAGACAUAGGCCUAUGAUUAGUAGUUGAACACCCAUAGGCCAAGAAACUAUACCCUGUACACGUUCUGUUACUCACCUGAGGGAGGAAGCUUUCUUGGAAGAGGGGAAAGAUGUCGGGAGAGGAGCAGAGUUUAUCUGAGUUAGAAAUGAGUCCGGGGGUCUCAGACGACGGUCACUCCUUGUCACCGGGUCACUCAUCCAGUGCCGCAGGCGGAGGAGACUCACCCCUGUCCGGUCCGCAGCCCCAGCUAACAGGGAUCGGCGACGACGCCCUAUCCGAUGUAGCUGGCGGGAUUUCCAUCAAGUCCGAUGAAGACGACGAUCGCUUCCCCAUUGGUAUCCGCGAGGCAGUGAGCCAGGUGCUGAACGGCUACGACUGGACACUCGUGCCUAUGCCUGUGCGCGUAAACUCCGGCAGCAAAAGCAAGCCGCACGUGAAAAGGCCUAUGAACGCCUUCAUGGUGUGGGCACAAGCAGCACGGAGAAAACUGGCAGACCAGUAUCCCCACCUCCACAACGCGGAGCUCAGCAAAACCCUCGGGAAACUAUGGAGGCUCUUGAAUGAGAGUGAUAAGAAGCCUUUCAUCGAGGAGGCGGAGAGGCUGAGGAAGCAGCACAAGAAGGACUACCCGGAGUACAAGUACCAGCCACGCCGCCGCAAGAAUGGCAAACCCGGCUCCGGCUCUGAAGCUGACGGCCACUCUGAGGGUGAGGUCAGCCACAGCCAAUCGCACUACAAGAGCCUCCACCUGGACGUGGCGGCCCACGUCAGGGGGGCGGGGUCUCCUCUGGCUGAUGGACACCACCCACAUACUGCAGGCCAGAGCCACAGCCCUCCUACACCACCCACCACCCCCAAGACGGAGCUCCAGUCUGGGAAGUCGGGUGAUGGGAAGCGGGAGGGCGGUGGAGCAGGGGGCUCCCGUGGGGGAAUGGGGGUAGGAGCAGAGGGUGGCUCUGGAUCAGGGUCAGGCAAACCACACAUUGAUUUCGGCAACGUGGACAUCGGUGAGAUCAGCCACGAGGUGAUGGCCAACAUGGAGCCCUUUGAUGUGAACGAGUUUGACCAGUACCUGCCCCCCAAUGGUCACCCAGGGAUUGGACAGAGUGCUGGGUCAGCGGCAGCAGCAGGGUCCUCUGCCUCUCCCUAUGCCUACGGUAUCUCCUCUGCCCUGGCCGCGGCCAGUGGACACUCUGCAGCGUGGCUAUCCAAGCAGCACCAGCAGCAUCAUGCCUCACCUCUGGGCUCCGACCCCUCCAAGGCUCAGAUUAAGAGUGAGGCCGGCUCGGGGGGACACUUUGCCGAAGCAUCCUCAGGGGGUUCCCAUGUCACCUACACUCCCCUCAGCCUGCCCCACUACAGCUCUGCUUUCCCCUCACUGGCCUCCAGGGCCCAGUUUGCAGAGUAUGCUGACCACCAGGCCUCGGGAUCCUACUACGCCCACUCCAGCCAGGCCUCAGGGCUGUACUCGGCCUUCUCCUACAUGGGGCCCUCGCAGAGGCCCCUGUACACAGCCAUCACUGACCCGUCCAGCGUGCCACAGUCACACAGCCCCACGCACUGGGAGCAGCCGGUCUACACCACCCUGUCGCGGCCCUGACAAAGACCGGGAGCAGAGGGCUCUGGUGCAGAUUUGGCCCCAACGGCAGACCCACAGAGCGGAGGAGACCUGGGUUGGAGGCAGUGGGGAGAUGGAAUCCCCUCCUGGUCUGGCCCAGAUGCAGGAAGACCUGUAGGGUCCAAGG